UAAACAAUGUGAAAAAGUACUUCUCUCUUUGAACAUUUUUCAAUUAACUGUAGUAAUUGUGGAGGUUUCAUGGUUCUAGUGGCAGGAAACCCAUCAAGAAAUAAGGCAAGUGGGGUUUUGUGGUGUCCUUUUUAACUGCAGAUCUUGUCUCAUGCCUCUUAUUAUCUGCAUGGUCAAAUGAAAACUUGAAUAUAAGCAGGAUAACUCUUUGAUAACUUAUCCAAGACACUUCAUCUUAUGAUGGGUUUCAAGAUAUUUUGACUUUCAUGGGUCAACAGGAAAGAGAAAUUUCUGAGAAACAGCAACAAGCUAAAGGGGCUGUCGAAAUAGGCUUAAAAAUAUUUAAGUGUAUUUAUUAUUGACUUAAUGAUGGUUUAAAUAAUUUAUUUUAAUUGCUUGAUUUGAAAUCUCUCCAUCUUUUCCUAGCUUCACAACCCAUAUGCGCAUCUUUCAGUCAUGGCCUGACCUUUUCUAUUCCAGCUAUUUAAUUAACACAGUGUAAUAUUCUGUGUGAAUUAUUCUUGUUUGCAGGAUAUGGUAUUGGUUAAAUUUGUUAAUGUAAAGGAGCAGUGUAUUGUUGAUAAACUGUUGGAAACCAAAUUAGCUUUAUCUUGCAGCUAGCUGAUUGCAUUAUUUCACUCAUGGGUAUAAUACUCCUCUAAAUAUGCUAAUUUCACUCUUUUCUCCGUGUGGUGACAUUUUUACUGUUCUCAUUACUGACAUUUGUAAUAUUUGAGGUGGGAAAAUUUUUCUUGCUUUAACCUCAUUAUAAUGUAGCUAAAGAGAUUUGAAUAUUAUCAGAUGAAAUGCACAUAUAUUCAGGCAAGCAGAAAGGUUAUUUUCCCUCCUGGCCCAUAACUUUCAUGUCUAUAGCAGGUUUGCGUGGACAGAAUGACACCUGGAUCCAAAACUGUGAUACAGAUGCCCAUGCAGAUGAAGAUGUCAAACCAUUUACUCCUGAGAAAACCAAGGAAAUUGUGAUGUCACUACAGCAACCUGCAGUCUUCUGUAACAUGGCUGGCAACUGGCCAGCCCUGCACUGGAAUGUGAAAUACCUUUCUGCUGUGCUGGAGGGAAAGGCAAUCCAGUUUAGGCUGGGCCUGAAGACAGUGGAUUUAGUUCCCCAGUUUGAAACCAGUUGUAGCUACGUGGAAGCUACACUUGAGGAGUUUUUGGCUUGGAGUUCUGGGCAGCCUUCUUGUCUCUCUGGACCAUUCAGUUGUUAUGAUUACUCCAAAUACUGGGCUUAUGCUGACUACAAGUACAUUGCCAGGAUAUUUGAAGACAAGCCAGAAAUAUUCCAGGAUGUAAGGUGGUCUGACUUUGGUUUUCCUGGAAGAAGUGGAAAAGAGAGCACACUGUGGAUUGGUUCUGAAGGAGCAAACACCCCCUGCCAUUUGGACUCCUAUGGCUGCAACUUAGUGCUGCAAGUACAAGGAAGGAAGAGAUGGCACCUCUUCCCACCUGGUGACACCAGCUUCCUUUAUCCUACCAGGAUCCCUUAUGAGGAAUCCAGCAUAUUCAGCAAAGUCAACAUUGCCAACCCUGAUCUGAAACGCUUUCCCGAGUUUAGGAACUCAACAGCACAUGUUGUUACACUCAGUCCAGGACAGGUCCUGCUCGUUCCAAGGCACUGGUGGCACUAUGUGGAAUCCAUUGAUCCUGUCACUGUCAGCAUUAACUCUUGGAUUGAACUGGAUGCAGAUCAUGAAGCCCGAGUAGAAGAGGCAAUAACUCGAAUGCUGGUAUGCGCCAUAAAAUCAGCAGAAAAUCCCAGUGAUGGAGAUCUCUGGCUAAAUCCCACGGAGGUUGAGGCAACAUCCCAUGAAAUCAAUCUUCAGUACCUGAAUAAAGCAGUGUCUGCAUACCUCAAGUGUCAGGAGACAAGUGUGUCAGGACAGGCACGCUCCAGCAGCACUGGUGCAAAGCAGAGGACAAAUACCUCAUGCAAGAGGAAGAGAAGGGAAGUUGGCUGUGAACCAGAGAGCUGCACAUUACUAACCCAGGAAUGUGACUUUCCAACACCCACAGCAGAAGAGCUGCAGAAAAUACCUUUUGGGCCUCAUCUUAUUCAGGUUUUACCACAGUCUCACAAAACCAGUGUGAUGGGUGCAGUUGCAGUUGAAAGUGACAGUGGAGAUCUCCAUGAAAAUGAAGGAGAACAUUUUGGAAAAUUACAGUGCAAGAGGAAGAGAUUGUUAAUGAGUAAUGACUGUGAGACAGCUGCACAUCAAAUGGAUUCAGACUGCAGUCCGUGCACCUCACAAACAGCCCUUUCUACCAAUGACUUGUUAGACUGCCUGGUUAAUCCUCGUGUCAUCAGUUUGGUGGCUCAGCUGCUGUUGGAGAGAAUGAGAGUGUGAUGCUGGAGUGCUUUAUCAUUGCUGAAACAGAAAUCAAACAGCAGCCUUGUUCUGCGUGUUUAAGAUCUGUAAUAAUUGAAUGUUCCAUUUCAAGUAAUUUUUAGGUACAGAUAGACACAGUUAAUGGAUAAGUGCAGGUUGAAGUUGAGCUGAAAGAAGAAUAGCUGGUUAGUGAUGGCUGGGAAGAGAAAAGUGUGUUUAGUCAGGGAGCUGCUCAAUGUUAUGAGAGCACACACAGUCACACUCCCACUGUGCUGUGCAAGUGGGAUCUUCACAGUGUUCUACAGCUCUGAGCUGGAAAACAGUAUGGCUUGAUGAUGGAUAGCAGAGGGAGUGCUGGGACAUGGUCACACAAAGGGGGACCGGGGGGGAGCAGAUAGAUUGACGGACUGUCGACUGCAGUCCUUGACCACAUUUGAAGUAAAAUGGUCAGUAAGCAAUCAGUUGAUUACAUUAGAAAUAAUAAAUUCAGGUAAACCUAAACCUCAGCCAAGAGACAAUGCACUCACUAAUGCAUCUGCUUCCUCCCUUCCACUAAAUAACUUCAGUUGUGUCACAAAGCUCUAGGCUGGAGUGAGACAAAAGCCCUUAGCAAGAAAGUAGCCUUUAGCUAGUUCAGAAACUCUUGAAGGUGGGAGAGUAAGGGCAUUGGGAAGUUGCUGCUAUUAUUUAUUUAAAGCCAGAUAUGCACAGUCCCCUAUCUCUAAGAAACAGCAAAACAGCUAUGACUUUUUACCCUCUGUCCUUCUCUUUACCAUAACAAUCAAAAUGUAUUAAUGUUAUUUUUUUGGUAGUGAAUGGUUGCUGUACAAGAUCAUCCUUUCUUCAAAGGAUAGUAAUCCUUGGAUUUGUUUUUGAAGGCUAGGUUGUUCUUUGAUUGAAAAGUUAGGGAACGUGAAAUAUAGGCAAGAAGGUUUGUUAACUCUGUAGCUAUGCAUGGAGACUUGAACAAAACCUGGGAAGAAAGCUGCUGGCACCUUCCAGGAUGCUCUCAACUCCUCUGAUUUCUGUUUGUGGUGGCAACAGAGGCAUUUUCCCUAACUGCAGUUUCAAGAAACAGCUUCAGCUCCUGUGAAACCUCUGCUUUUACAAUGUCUCUUUGCUUAUGUCUGCUAGAGACCAAGAAACCAGUUUCUAUCAUCAGCCUGUUCCCAUAGCCCUAACCUUGCACCACCAGCCCUCCAGCUGGUAUUUCCUUUGCUUGGUGUGUGUUCCCUGCUAAAUACAUGAAGCUAGUGCUGUUUCCACAGUGAUCACCUUCCACUAAUUUAUAGUUGAAAAUCCUGAUUGCAAAGGUGCUUUCUGUCUGCUUUUAUUCAGAUUGCAUGUUGGCAGGGCCCUGAUGAAUUAUGGUAAGGGCUUUAGAUAUGCACCAGGAGAUCAGAAAUUCAGGAAACCUUGCCAUUUCAAAAAUCUCCCCAAAAACCUAACACACUUGGAAGAGGAGUUGAAAAGGCUCAAAGGUUCACGUUUAACAAGCACAGAAACCUUACCCUGAUGGAAACAACUGUGUAUGUAGUUUGCUGGAGACCCUGGCUUUGAAGAGUGGCUGUGAGUUAGCAGCAGAGGCCACACGAGCUCCAUCUCUGACCCACAAAUGGGCAGUCCCCAGUGUCCUGCUCUGCCCUGGUAAUUGGGCUCAGACCCUGAUAACACCUCAGCAAUGUGAGAAAAUCCACUGUUCUCGUUUCAUGUUUCUACACCAAAGAGUCUCAGUGGGGUUGCACCCUUGCAACCAGAGCAGAAUUUAAUAAACAAUCCUGUUGAUAGA